UCAUCGUCCCCGCCGGGUCCGGUGGCAGAGAGGAUGGUUCAGCGGAAAAGCAGCCGGGGAAGCGAAUGACAGCGAUAAGACAAUGGCCCUCGAUUUGUGCAAGUUCCCGAAUGUGCGACUGGUGACCAAGUGAAACGACCGUGGCAGGAAAACACUGAACCAUGUUGCUCUAAGUUGUGACCUGUUGUGAACGGGGGAGGAGGAAGAGGAGGAGGAGGAGAGGGAGGCACAGGCAGGCAGGCAGACGGGCAUCUGCCACAGCUCCCUUUCUGCAGCCCUUUGCAAGCUUGAAGCCAUGGGAAACACAGCCACCAAGUUCCGCAAGGCCCUGGUGGGUGGCGAUGAGGCCCUGGCGUGGCAGCUGUAUGAGGGGAACCCUCAGUUCAGGGACGGCCUGGACCCCAAUGCAUCGUACGGAGAGCAGUACCAGCACAACACGCCCCUGCACUAUGUCUGCCGCCACGCCAUGACCCGUCUGCUGAGGUCUUUCCUGUUCAGUAAAGAGGGGAACCCCAACAAGCGUAAUGUGCACAAUGAGACGUGCCUCCACGUGCUGUGCCAAGGCCCACAAAUCCUGCUGCUGCCAGAGGGAGCCCUGUCGCCACGACUGGCCCGACCCCAGAGGGACGAGCAGCGUCGUGCUGACUGCCUGCAGAUGAUCCUGAGCUGGACCGGGGCCAGGCUGGAGGGAGGCCAGUACGAGAAGGCCAAUGUCAACGCCACCGACAAUCACCACAGCACCUGUCUGCACUACGCUGCCGCCGCAGGCAUGAAGAGCUGCGUGGAGCUGCUAAUCCAGAGCGAGGCGGACCUUUUUGUGGAGGAUGAGGACAAGUUGACGCCAUGUGACCAUGCCGAGCGGCACCACCACACCGAGCUGGCCCUCAGCCUGGAGUCACAGAUGGUUUUCUCCUCCUCUUCAGCUCAGCAGUCAAACACAGACGCACAUGGCGAAACCAACCUGCUGCAAUACAAAGAGCCUUAUGAGGGACUGAAGCUUCAGGACCUGCGCCGGCUGAAGGACAUGUUGAUCGUGGAGACGGCAGACAUGCUGCAAGCCCCCCUCUUCACUGCUGAGGCUCUGCUCCGAGCACAUGACUGGGACAGAGAAAAGCUCCUGGAAGCCUGGAUGUCAGACGCUGAGGGCUGCUGCCAGCGCUCAGGUGUGACCAUGCCCACCCCACCACCCAGCGGGUACAACGCCUGGGACACUCUGCCCUCACCUCGCACUCCCAGGACCCCACGCUCUCCACUCACACUCACCCUCACCUCCCCGACCGACAGCUGCCUCACACCUGGAGAGGAGGGCCUGGCUUCGUGUGGUAUCUGUCUCUGCUCUAUCUCAGUGUUUGAGGAUCCAGUCGACAUGUCCUGUGGACACGAGUUCUGCAGAGCAUGCUGGGAAGGCUUCCUCAACGUAAAGAUUCAGGAGGGUGACGCGCACAAUAUCUUCUGCCCGGCCUACGAGUGCUACCAGCUGGUGCCUGUGCAUGUGAUAGAAAGCGUCGUUUCCAGAGAGAUGGACCAGCGAUAUCUACAGUUUGACAUCAAGGCAUUUGUAGAGAACAACCCCGCCAUCCGAUGGUGUCCUGCAGCGCGUUGUGAGCGGGCGGUGCGUCUCACCCGACCGGGCCCCGGGGACAGUGACCCACACAGUUUCCCCUUGCUGCCCUCCCCAGCUGUCGAUUGUGGCAAGGGUCACCUCUUCUGCUGGGAGUGCCUUGGCGAGGCCCAUGAGCCAUGUGACUGUCAGAUGUGGAGGAACUGGCUCCAGAAAGUCACAGAGAUGAAACCUGAGGAGUUGGCAGGUGUGGGCGAGGCCUAUGAGGAUGCUGCUAACUGCUUGUGGCUGUUGACCAACUCAAAACCAUGUGCCAACUGCAAGUCACCCAUUCAGAAGAAUGAGGGCUGCAACCAUAUGCAGUGUGCCAAGUGCAAGUAUGACUUCUGUUGGAUCUGUCUGGAGGAGUGGAAGAAGCACAGCUCAUCGACAGGAGGCUACUAUCGCUGUACUCGCUAUGAGGUCAUCCAACAGCUAGAGGAGCAGUCCAAGGAGAUGACUGUGGAGGCAGAAAAGAAGCACAAAAGUUUUCAAGAGCUGGAUCGUUUCAUGCACUAUUAUACUCGCUUUAAGAACCAUGAACACAGUUAUAAGUUGGAGCAGAAACUACUAAAAACCGCUAAAGAGAAGAUGGAGCAGCUGAGCAGAGCUUUCAUUUGCCGUGAAGGGACUCCUCCAGACACGCGGUUCAUUGAGGAUGGUGUGAGUGAGCUGCUGAAGACGCGGCGCGUCCUGAAGUGCUCUUACCCGUACGGCUUCUUCCUGCAGCAAGGCAGCACUCAGAAGGAGAUAUUUGAGCUCAUGCAGACGGACCUGGAGAUGGUUGUGGAGGAUCUGGCCCAGAAGGUCAACCGGCCGUAUCUGAGGACUCCCUGCCACAAGAUAAUCAGUGCGGCUCGUCUGGUGCAGCAGAAGAGGCAAGAAUUCCUGGCGUCAGUGGCCCGAGGCGUCGCUCCUAACGAUUCUCCUGAUCCUCCCCGCAGGAAUUACCCAGGAGGAUCAUGGGACUGGGAGUACCUUGGCUUCGCCUCCCCUGAGAUGGGGAGUCGUCACUCUGUCCUGGGAGCAGGAGAUCAAAGAGAGAGACAGUCACAGGAUUAUGCUGACAUCCAGUACCGCCGUAGACACAGACCACGGCGCAGAGGAGACAUGCUGAGUCUGCACAACCUUCGAAGCAGCAGCAACACACCAGAGACCAGCAGGAGGAGUGACAACACAGAAGGUCCAGAGAGAAGCGAGGGCCGCAGAAGAGCGCUGGGCUCACUGGAUGAAGACGAUCCAAACAUCCUGCUCGCCAUCCAGCUGUCCCUGCAGGAGUCCCGCAGAGAGGGAGGCUUGGAGGGGAGAGUGGAGCUGGAUCGGGGAAUGGACAGAGUACAGGAGAGGAGGCCGGGUUCCGCAGGAGACCUGGGUGAUGUCGCUUUGCACUCUCUCACCACGGACGGCCCUCCGGGAGCCAGAGGUCCCCCGUUCCCAUCUUCUCUCCUGGAUCCUCCUCGCCCCCCUAACAGGACAGACUCCACCUCCCAGCCUCCCACCUCAAGCGCCCUGCCCCUCCCUCCUCCGCCUCCCUCCCUCAGUGCAGAGCUGUUGGAGCUGGGAGACAGCCUUAUGAAACUGGGGAACAUCACCACUCCUUACGACCUGGACGCACACACACAGGAGCAGCUCUGCUCUCACCACACAUACAACCACAGUACACUCACAGCACCCUACGCCAUUGAACCUGCUUACAGCGACUGCAGCCAUAGACCGGACCAGAAUGCACUGACCGCUCCAUACGUGCUCGACCAUAUCGCCAUUACAGAUCCCAGUUACUGCCACUCCAGUGGUUAUUUAGCUGAGGCUGAACACGCUGCCUCACUUGAACGCAACCAAAACCCAGCUAGUUCAUGUAACCGGCAACAUGCAGCCACGUAUGACAGCACCCCAAAACCAGACAGCUCUUACAACCCCUGCCCCGAACACAGUAGCUCUUACACUCAGGAGCGUCCUGCUGCCUACGCUCUUGAACGCCCGCCCAAAUCAGACCCCCAGCCCCCCGCCCAGUUGUGCCUCCCGUCUCCAGAGCUCGAGCCGGAGCUGCUGCUUUCACCGGUGAUCCCUCCGGGGGGCGCUUUCACCCCCAGCGACCCUCAGAGCCUCGAGGCCCUGGAUCCCACAGCCAGUGCCCAGCUGCUGGACAACAUCAUGGCCUGGUUUAACAACAACAUCAACCCCCAGAACAACCCGCAGAGCCUGGCCCUCAUCCCCUCCCCACCCACCACAGAGACAGACUCCUCCCCCGACACACACACUGAGACUGAGUCAGAGAGCCAGACCUCCAGGGACGUGACCCCCGCCCCUAUCUGGCAGCCCCUGGAGGGCGAGCCAGAAGCAGACAGGGGGUCGGCGAGUCCCCGUCUAGGUGCUGCAGGUGCGGAGGGCCCGAAGACGACGCGGCCCAGCACCCUGGAGCUAGAAAACAGAGAGGCUGGCGAAGAGGGUGUGGACGCAGGGUGUGUGGCUGACCUGUCGCUGGACGAAGCGCACGCACACCCGUGCUCACACUCCCAAUGUGGAAACAGUCCCGCACACACUGCCCCGGCCACAGAGAGAGACUUAGACCUCAUCCUUCAGUUGGAGGAGGACCAAUCACCUGAGGAGUGGGAGGAGCAAGUACACCUAGUGUGACAGCGACAGAACGACACAGAGAGAGGAGGUUAAGUGCAGGGAGAGAGGUGAAAGUGAAAGAGGAAAGAAAUCAAAGACUGGGAAAAUAUAAGUUAUAACAGUGAUGCCUCCGUGAAAGAUGUCGCUUUGGAGUGUUUACUGUAUGUAUUAUACUGUAUCUAGAGAGGACAUAAAACCCUGCGGACUUUGUCCAGUAAAGAUGAUGUCAUACGCAUUUUAAUUUUUUUUUUAAGUGCUUUUGUCUGAUCUAACAGACAAAUUUAUUCUUUGAAACAAAUGAGUGUUUAAAGCAAAGUACAUCAAUGGAAAGCUACUGAUAUCAUAACACAUAAGAUGCUGCACAUAUUAUUUUAUUUAUUCCCUGUAUUUGUCUUCUCGGUUUGUUCAGGGUGAAGUUUUGGUGCUGAUCAUGCUGAAAUCCAAACUUGCCUCGUACACUCACACUUUUUAUUACCACACUGACCCAACCACGAGCCUCCUGGAGCCAAAUACAAUGAUAACCUUGGAGCUUGUUUUAGCGUACUGUACAAUCAGAGGGCCUAAUUCUGAUUUUUGGACCUUCAUGCACACUGUGCCUGCUUUGUGAGAGAGCCAACACACUACUGAUGUUUCCUUUUGGUAAGCUGCAAAGAAGUGCAACGUGCUGAUGUGGAUUUUAUGACAGUAAUGAUUCUUUUGUAAUCACAGAAGAGAUAUUGUCUCGUCCCUCUGCACAGGGAGGUUCAGAGUCUUGCUCAAAGGCACUUCCGCAUCAUGGGUGCUUUCUGUUGGGAGGGAUUUUAAACCUAUUUUUCCUGCUCACUGCACCACCCUGCCACCCUUUUUCCAUAAAAUCCUCUACCGUAGAUGAGCUUUCAUUCACACAUCAUCCAUAUACUGCUGUAUUUUAAACCAAGUUUGGCUCAGUUUUCACAGCAGAGUGUCAAUGUACAAAACUCUUUAGCACAAAGUGCUAUAAUAAUAAUAAUUUCUCAAAUUUGACAUACAAAAAAUUAGGUAUCACUGCAUCAUUUGAAUGUAUCACUGUUAUCAAAUAAUGUCGUCAAACACAAAUUUUCAUCUAAAGUAGGGCUGCAACUAUUUUCAUUGUUGAUUAAUCUGUUGAUUAUUUUCUCAAUUCAUCUUUAAAAUUUCAGAAAAUGGUUUAAAAAAAAAAAAAAAAAACAGUCAGUGUUCCCAAAUUUCAAGAUGAUCCUCAGAUGUCUUGUUUUGUCCACAAACUCAAAGAUAUUUAGUUUACAGAGGAGGAAAGAAACUCAAAAAUAUUAACAUUUCUGAAGCUGGAAUCAGAGGAUUUUGAGUUAUAUAUUUUUUUUAUCUAGUCAAACUGAUUCAUUAUCAAAGAAGUUGGCAAUUAAUUUUAUAGUUGACAACUUCUACUCUAAUGGAAACAAAGUUUUCAGUGGAUAAAACUUGAUCCAGUCAUGUAUGAAAGAAGAAAUAAGAUAAUAGAUAGAUAGAUAGAAGAAAUAGAUUUUUAAAAAUCUAGAGCCUGACUUCACACCACAGUAAGUCUUAUAUUUACACAUAUUUACCUUUUUGUUUUAAAAUGGUAAUUUAUCAUCACAUUUUGUCUCUUUUGAACAUUGAAACUGUUAUGAAAACUGAGCUGAAACACUCAGACAAUGCUGUACACGGAAACACUCAUUUAGUUUGUUUUUUUAUCAAAUCUAUCCACUACUGAUGGCGAGUACAGUGUGCUGUUGAUAGCUGGGAGAUGGGUUGGGUUUUUACUGUAAUUUAUCCUUUUUAAAAAUUUUAUUUCUUAAUUAUAUAGAGAGGAAAUUUCUUCCAGUUGAGACCAGAGUUGUUGGGUCUGUGUGCCUUUUUGUUUCAAUCGUAUUUGUUUAUCUGUUGGUAUUAUUUAUUAGUGUCAUUACUUUUUAAACAUGAUAAACAAAGUUGCUAAUGGAAGAUGAUGGAGAAAACACCACUUUGGCUGCUGCCAUACACUGAAGCUCUUGAUGCACAUUAGUAUUGUUUGCCACACGUUUGUUUUAUUUCAAUCUCCAGAAGGAAAACUGCUUUGAAUUUACACUUUUUAUUUAGAGUUUUCACUAUAAUUAUAACAACCACUGUAUCUUCAAGUUCAAAUGUAGUUGGCCUUUGAUUUUUCUUCUUCUGUGAUGUAGCACUCUGAAUCUUGGUUAUCCCUCAGCCUUUAUCUUUAAAUUUUAUUCCCCAGCUGUAAUGUUUACAAGAGAAUUAAACACUGCCUGUUGUGUUGAGAUAUGACCCAGUGCUUUUGCGACUGAAAUUAUAAUACUGGAGUGUUCUUAAGUCAUACUUAAAGGCAGGCCAAACAAAUGUUAUAUUGGAUGUUCUGAUUUUGUUUAAAUUCCGCCCUCUACUUUACAAAAAGGUGCCAGGUAUGCGAUCAAAAAUGCAUCACUUCUAAUUGGUAGUUUGAGCUUGAAGUUUUUUUAAAGUGUGAGGUCUGAAGUGACAAAAAACCCUCAAAAAUAACACCUUUUCCUCUCCGUAUUGAACAUUAAACUGUGAAGGUGCUGGACAGGUUGUAGGUGCUGCCGACGAAGACAUUUCAUAAAGCCUGCUGAAAAACAUUUCAGACCCAGAUUACUGAGGAAUUAUUUAAUCAACGUUUAUUUAAGGUUGCAACAGGAAACACGAUGGUGAGCUUUUAAUUUGCACAAGCAUGCUGUUACUGUGUUGCACUAAUCCAGUGCUGUCAGGCCACAUGUGGAGGACUGAUGAGUGCAGCUUUUAUUAUUAUUAAUAUUAUUAUUAUUUCCUUUUUUAUUUGAUUGAUUUAGAUUCGGAUUUAUGGUGUCAAGGGAAUGGUCCAGUGCCAUUUUGUACUCCAUAUAUACUGUUUAUAUUUUAGCAGUCCCUCAAACAACCACUUCAGAAUUUAAAAAAUAAAAAUGAAAUUGCACUUGCAUAGAUUAUACUUGAUACAUUCCCAGUGGGUCCAUAAGAGAGGUUUGAUGUGUGGCCAAAACUGUAAAUGAAAGUGUCAGUGCAAAGUUUACUCUCAAUAAAAACAACUGAAAGUGUG